AUGCCGUCGGAUCUUAAUCUUAAAAAAUCGUGGCACCCCUCACUCCUCAAGAACCAGCGCAAGAUCCACGAGCUCGAACAAAGCGCGCUCCAGGAACACCGCGCCAUCACGGAACGCGGCGCGGAGAUGACGCGGGAGCGGGAGCGCCUCGAGCUCCUUGCGCUUCAAUACGGAGGAGCGGUGCCGGAGCAUGUGAAGAAGAAACUAACCUUGGGUUGGAUGUACGACGACAAGAGUGAUGAGCCAAGCGUGCUUCCUGGUGCGGGAGAGAGUGACGAGUUUUUGCUCGGCAAGCGCCGCGUCGACACGUUGGUGGAGAAGGGCAAAGAAAAAUCACAGCUCGAGCGUGUGAUGGAGACGGGCGAGUUGCCACCGGCCAAGCUUCUCCACGAGGAUCCGAUGAUGAAAAUUAUGAGGUCGCGCCAGCAGCACGCCGCGAAGAUGAGGUCGCGUGAGGGCAGAGCACUGGAGACGUUCCAGUGA